AUGAUACCGUACCUCGUCCUCCUCUCCAUUUUUGGAGCAUCUGGAGCUCUUCAAGAAUGCCAGCUCAACGAGCUGUGCUCAAAUUGUAGUCUGAAAGCGGAAUUGAGCACAAAAUGCGAGAAAAAUCCAGAAAUCGAGAAAGAGGCCUUCUUAUUCUGCAAUCCAAGGACUAAAAAAAUCGAUAUCGAGCACAGCUCCUAUUUGACAUGUACAAAUGGCACCUGGAAACAAGAGAUUUGCUCAGAAGAUGGGCGUGUCCAUUUCAGUUUGGCUACCAGGGACUGUGUGGAUCCGGCGAUGCAGGUGUUCCAUUCUCAGGGGACCUCUGGGUCCGGUCGAGUCGGUGAUAUUUGCUCAUUUAACACUGAUUGCCUGGGUGGAAUGUUCUGUGCAAUUGGACAGUGUCGUUGUUUGUCAACUUAUGUCGCUGUGGAUGCCUAUUGUUAUGAAAAAAUUUCUCCCAGCGACUCUGGAUGCUUCUACGAUAUUCAGUGUGCAUCGGUUUGGCCAGAUUCCUAUUGUAAAAAUGGGCAAUGUAUGUGCCCGUCGGAUGAUAUGAUUGCUGUUAAGACGAAAGACGGAACUCUCUGCGUAUGGUCCACAUCCGAACCAUCGUGUCCACUACCAUCACUUCCACCUCCGGACUCUCCAUCAAGUCUAGUGGUCCUACCGGCGGCGGCAGGAAAAACGAGUGUCACCAUUGCCCCAUGUAAUCCUCACUCAUCAGACACGCCGAAACGAGAGGAGGACCUUUUGAACAAACAACACAAUUUUAAGUGUUCGGUUCGAGGAUUUGUGAGUUUUCAGUUUGAAAUUCAAUUAGGAGAUGAACCCGAACCACAGGACGUCUCUGAUCUCUACGAUUGCAUUGAUAAUUCAAAAUUCUGGAAGGAUCAAGGAAUGGACACUUCUUCCCACCCGAUUGGCGUGUGUUGUAUGAAUCGAGCAUUCACUUGUAUGCAGCCAAAAAAGGGAGAAUCCGAUGCACUUGGCUCCGUGCCAAGAUGGUAUUUCAAUUCGGUCAUGGGCUCGUGUCAGCAAUUCCUUUUUGAUCCAACUGGUUCCGAAGUGUCGCCGAACAACUUUGAAACUUUGGACCAUUGCGAGAGUUAUUGCAAAGAUAGUGAGUUACGAGCUAAACAAUUGAAUUUGCGAGAUUUUGAGCUUCAAAAUGAGCCUAAAUUUGGCUGGAAUUGUCCGAGUUUGGGCUCAUUUUGGAGCAUUUUUUUCGAAAAAUUCAAAUCGUUAUUUUUAGCCCAGUUAUUUUCAGCCUGUCCCCGUGGAAACCCCGCCUACCUAUCGACGAAAGGCUCACCAAACAGUGCACGUCUUCCACAAACCGGUUGCUCGACGGCAAAUCCAUGUACUGAUCCAUUUGUGUGCACAGAAGUCGCGAGUCAAUCAAUGUGUUGUGCUAGUCGGAAAUCAAUAUGCUCCGAAGCAGGUGCCCGAUUCAAAGACCCCCUUAGAAGUACACCAUACGACGCCGGGCAUCGUUUCGAUCAGUUAACUGGAGAGACAGCUAAUUAUGCUGUUGGAAUAGCACUCGCUACUAUUACAAUCCUACCGACGGCCAGUGUCAUCCAUUCACAUUCAACGGAUUCUUGGGAAAUUUCAAUAAUUUCCAAAAUCAAGCCGAUUGCCAGCUGUUUUGCGCGAGAUGUGAUACAAUGCCCCCAUGGAAGUCCCCUAACCAAUGGAAAUGGCUCUCCACAGAGAUGUGCCCGGGAUACGGACUGCCCAUCGACCCAUACAUGUGCAAUGGAGCAUCAAGUUUGUUGUCCAACGCCUCAAACCCUGUGCACUGAACCACUUCGUGUUGGCGACUGCAAACAGAGUGUCCGCCAAUUCUGGUAUAACGCUGAAACCAAAACGUGCGAAUCGUUCCUGUACACUGGAUGCCAGGGCAACAAUAAUCGAUUCAAUUCGUUGAAUGAGUGUCAGAGUUACUGUAAAAAUAUUAAUGCCGAGCCAAAAUGCCCCCAAGGUCGAGCCUAUGUGGAUUUUUCCGGGAAAUUCAUGCAAUGCGGAGAAGGACUAGGUGGUACGGCGUGUCCAGCCAACUAUGAGUGCACUUUUGAUGGUCUGGUAUACGGUUGUUGUCCAAGUAAAGCCUAUACUUGCUCUCUUCAAGUUAAUAAGGGAAUCGGAUGUGGUUCAGGCUCCAGCUAUCGUUAUUUUUAUAAUAAUCAAGCGAAGGAAUGCCAAAGCUUCCUUUUCUUGGGCUGUGAUGGCAACUCCAACAACUUCCCGUCGAUUGAAAAGUGCCAAAAUUAUUGUGAAAUUGCUAUUUGUCCAAACGGUGGAAGUCCUCUUCGAACCAACUCCAAAGUCCGUUCCUGCUCUACACACGAACCAUGCCCAUCCGGCUACGAUUGUAGUAUUGUAGAAGCCAAUGGAGUCAUGCAGAGACGGUGUUGCCCAUCUAAAGUCUCCAUUUGCUCAAAACCUCCUCAAAUGGGAAUGCUCCCAAAAUGUAGCAGUGGAAGCGGACAAACUAGGUGGGAUACUUUUUUUUUUGUGUCAAUUGGACCACAUUUCAAUAUGGUCCUCAAAAUAUCUGAAAAAAUUCGAAAAAUUGAUCUAGAAACCACAAUAAAAGCAAAAAACCAAUAA